UCUUUCUCUUUCUCUUUCUCUUUCUCUUUCUCUUCUUCUUCUAAAAGAUUCAAUUACUAAAUAUUCAUAAUAGUAUAAAAUAACUAUGUCAUCAUUGCUUGAAGAAUUUGAAACAUUACCAAAUGAUAUCACUUAUUUAGUGAAAAAUAUUGGACAAUAUAUUGAUAUUAAUAUUAAUAAUAAUUCAAUUAUAUUUGCUGUUGCUACUAUAGCAUUUAAUCCAAUCUUUUGGAAUAUAGUUGCAAGAUUAGAAUAUAAUACUCAUUUCCUUACAAAAAUUUCGGGUGGAGCUUAUCGUGGAUGUUAUUUACUUGCCUUUACAAUUUUUUCACUUGGUAUUUAUCGUGAUCAUGUAUAUCAUCAAGCUUUAAUUGCUCAACCAACUUUUGAACCAUUAAUUAAUUCAUUAAUUAUUAAAUCUAUUGCUAUUGGUUCAUUUAUAUUUGGUAAUAUAUUAGUAUUAACUUCAAUGUAUGCUUUAGGAGUUACUGGUACUUAUCUUGGAGAUUAUUUUGGAAUUUUAAUGAAUGAAAGAGUUACUGGAUUCCCAUUCAAUAUUAAUGAUAAUCCAAUGUAUAAUGGUUCAACCCUUUGUUUCUUAGGUACUGCUUUAUGGUAUGGUAAACCAUCAGGAAUUAUUAUAACUAUUUUUGUAUUUGUUAUGUAUAAGAUUGCCUUAUUAUUCGAAGAACCAUUUACAGCUAAGAUUUAUGCAAAUAGAGAAAAGGAAUUACUUUCUAAACGUGUUUAAAAUAAAUAAAUCUUAACUAAUACAUAUAUAAAAAAGUUAUUACUUUGAUUUUAUUUUAUAUAAAAUGAUAAACCUAUAUAAGAAGAAAUAUAAAACCUAACAUGCAAAAAUGUAUG